CAUCAACACCGCAGCACCUUACAUCCAGCCUUUUACCAGAUCAAAUAUUACCGUCCUCAUGUAACAGCCAUCAGCGCGUAUCAUGCCUCCCACGACGCUGUCUGCGUUCCACCCCUCGCCGAAGCGCAAACGCGAUCAGCCGCCGCCUAUCCCGCUCCUAAACACUGCCCUUCGUCCCGCUCCAGCACCGUCCUCGACAACGCCACGGGGCAGUCCAACACCCGACAGCCCCCGAAAUGCAGUCGCCGACCAGCUGCGUGGCAUGACACUGACCUCCAUCUCGGCAAUACCAAUGUCGCCGCUUACGCCCACUGAUGAUGUUGUGCGGAAGAAGCCAAAGCUGGAGGCGAUGAGAGUGGACAGCGGGACAUCGUUGGAUGAGGAUGUGGUGAAGGCCCAGCUCAGGGCCUUGGAUGACCGCGAUGUCAAGGACCCCAUUGCUGGCAAUACGCCGAAGUCGGGGAGCCCGUUGGGGACACUUCAGGCACGAACACAACAGCCCCGCAUAUUUUCAGAUAUCGUUUCUUUUGCGCAACCCACCGUUUUCGCAUCAUCAUCCUCCAGCAUAUCGAUGCAACAGUCGUCCAGCGCCGGUCAAAGGUCAAGAUCAAAAAAUCGCUCAUCGGCAUCGCAACCCCGCCAACGGAAGAAGUCGCCUUCACCCCCGCUUUCGGCGCUCACGUGGCAAGACAACGAAAUCACCGGCCACCUUGUCGACCCCUCCAUUGAUCCUGAAGAUGACGGGACUGGCUUAAAUGGAAUUGGAUUUAAGCCGACGCCCGCUCUUGCCUAUGCAAGGGCGCAAAAGAGAAGGCAGCAGGUCCUGGAGUGGAAAGCGAGGGAGGCACGGGAGGCGAGGGCCAAGAGGACUGAAAGGCGCAGGAGAGGCAUCGGGAGUACUGCCUCGCGGGAUUCGACUGUGGAAAGAGAAGUUCCUGCUAUGGAUGCGGGUGGCGCUCGCAGGACCGUGAAGUUCGCGAUAUAGUAUUCGGAAAGCGGAGGUAAUCCUAGUACUGGGUGGAGCGCUGACGAUUCCUUAAUGAGUUUACGAUGUUGUUAUGAUAUACGAACGAUUGGGUACUCUCUCGGGCAUCCGGACGGUCGUGGGGUCAUGGGCAGGGCGCAUUGCGGGAAUCUCCAUGAUCAUGAUGUUUUGCGCUUUAGCGACGGGGUUACUUCAACUUGGAUACGCUCGGAGCGCAGGGGGUUACUCCGUAUACUACAAUUUUUCAUACACGUUUCUGUACAUAGCUUUCUACCGCAAUAUCACCCUUCUCUCCCAGGCA